AUGUUGAGCUGGCACAAGCGGGACCCGCUCCGCCGCUUCGCCUGGUGGUCUCUGCGUCCUGUGGGACGCGACCCUUUCCUACCGCUUGCCCGACACCUCUCUCGAGCGCCAGAAAUCGACGUCGCCCCGGACGGGCUCGUGCGCAUCUACAGCGAUCGGCCUCAUGGCGACCGCAUUCAGAACACGGCACACCCGGCCAUCUCGAUCCUGAACGAGGACUUGGUCGAGUGCUCGUGGCAGAGCGGCGGCUACGCCAGCUCGAACGGCGGCGCGCUUCACUUGUUCGCGGCCAGCUUCAAGGCGGUACCUCAGCCCUGGACAGCCACGUUUACGGCGAGCUUCUAUCGAGCGUAUUGGGCGGCAGUACAAGGGGCGCCAGACCUGCCAGCAACGCCGCAGCAACGCCGGCAUCUCGCGAGCGAGGGCGACGUCGCAGACCUCGUCAUGAGCAACGUCUUGUCCGCCCUCCCGUCGAUCCUCACCUCGCUGCUCCGCCCCGACCUCGCCGGCCUCCUUGAGGUAUCCAUCCACCAGCACCCGACGCUCAAGCUGCCCAAGACGACCCAGCAGAGCCAAGCCCUGCACGUCAAGGAGACGACCUCCGUCUUUCCCGAUCACGCACUCGUCCUCACUCGACGGCGCAUCGCGACGAGCCACAAGCCUGUCACCUCCAACCUCCACCUCCAAGCUGGCUACGUGUCGCCCGCCGAUUGGCAGCCGUCGAGCAACAAGCGCUGGACGCAGUCACAGAACACGUCGGCGCACAUCAAGCAGCUCAUCGGGUACAGCACGCUCGCGGCCUGCAACUACUUCCUCCUUACCGACUAUCGGCAUGGCGUCGGCGUCGUCGUCGAGACGGGCCUCGGUCACGGCGGCGUCCCGACGGCUCGACUCGCCGCCCAACCUCACGGUACGCGCAGGACGCAAAGCCUCGAGGGCGUCGUCAAUCCGAUGGACCGAAGCCUGCGCCACAGCAUCUGCCUACUCGCCAUGAAGGCGAUGCACGACCUCGGCGUUCUCGAUGUCACGAAGGCGAAAGGGCUCCCCAAGACCAAGCUCAAUGGACGAAUCGCAGAACUGGUGACCGAGCACAAGCGCGAGCGGGACGUUCAGAUCGAGAGCGACGAGCGGGAGGCCUCGCGGCUCGCUCGCGGUAGGGACACGCCGAUUCGGCGGGCGAGGAGGUAA